GCCGGAUCCUCGCCGGAAGGCUGAGUUGCCCGGCGCCCGGUGGUAGUACUUUUGCUGAGGUCAUAACGUUUUACUACGGGCUAGAUUUGAUAACAGUUGAUGUUGAUGUCGAUGUUGAUAUCUAGAUAUUGAAAACACUGGAACGUGGGGAUUUUAUCCAUGGUUGAUUUUGUGCCCUGCGGAUAAAGACCGGAUGCGAUCCAUGGCACGGCAACUCCUUUUCACCACUCCAUACUCCGGAGUACAUGUACUCUAUUUUCGAUGGAUGCAUCAUUGACAACUCUGGAAUAUGCAGGACCAAUUUCUCUACCGCGUGGUAUUCAAGAAUAUCUUGCAGAGCAUAAUUAUCUGUCACUGUCAUUGACACAACAACACAACAGGUGUUCACUAACACUUUGUCUUCAUUUUUCUCGAUAUUUCGAGUCACAACAACGUCACAGCGAACUACUGCCCUUGACCUGUUCGCUGGGCUAUGCCGUCAUGAAAACCCUUACUCACCACUGUGCAGGUUCUGUUGGUUAUGAUUGGAUGUUCAUAUACGGAAUCUCAUUCGCUCGCUUAUUACUUGUUAUGAUUGGUUAUCUGGUUAACGCUCGCGUCUCAUCUGCUUCACUACGUACUCUGGACUCUUCAAGAUGCUUGAGUAAUACUCAAUGAUCUUGGUUUGUUCAAUCUGUAUCCAUCUGAAAGAUCAUACUCC